AUGGUUGGGCACGGGCAAAAUGAUGCGCUCAUGUGCCUUGUUUUUCCAUCGAGUUUGGGGGAGUUGGGCCUAAAAUGGUUCAAAAGGCUGCCGGAGGAGAGCAUCGAGGGAUGGCAACAGUUAGCAGAGGCAUUUGUCACCAGAUUUAAGACAAAUGCUAAAAUGCCCAAGGAAAUUGACCAUCUCUUGAGAGUAAAGAUGGAGCCAGACGACUCUUUGAAGGCGUAUAACACUAAGUAUUGGGAGACUUUCAACGAGAUCUUUGAUUGCCCGACCAACCUUGCAAUCACUCAAUAUAAGCGCGGUCUUCCAGUUGGACAUCGACUGAGAGACUCAAUCACAAUGAAUCAACCGUCAACCAUGGAAUUGCUCAUGCAACACAUUAAUGAGCACAUCCGAGUCGAAGACGAUGUAGCUACAGCUACCGUGACGACAAGUCCGGUAGUAGAGAGGCGGAUUUUGCUCGGCAAAAGGUUUGUUGAUGGUUUUGAUCAACUUUGGAAUUCCUUGCUGGACGGAUUUUGCUUGGCAAGAGGUUUGUUGACAAUUUUAUCAACUCUGGAAUUCCUUGUCGGAUGA